AUGUCGAAGAAAGGGAAGCCAGCGUCGCCGACGCCCAGUGAUUCACAGAACAGUGGAAACGAUGGAACGACAACCUUCUCCUUGAUAAUUGCCACACCAGCUGAAGAAACCUCUGCUGACGCUGUACGAAGAAGAUCGCAAAUGGCAGCACAGGCGUCAACCGCCUCCGAUGAAGCCUCGCCAGAGUUGGAAUCGAAGCACAUAACGAUCUCAUCGUCAGAUCAGAGCCAAAUUUCAUCUUCUCAACAGAUACCGAAGUCAUCGGACGAGCAGGAAGUCAAGCCCGGAGGAACGGAGUCUUCUAGCGAGACAGAUACCAAACCUAGACUUGGCUCAGGUGCCAUCAGUUGCCUACUAUCCGCACUCGAUGACGAGAUCACACCACCUUCCUGGCAAAAGCCCCCUGAAAUCUCAGACAACGGGAGUGGCCAGACGUGCAAUAUAUCACUGGCUCCAAUUGUUCCCAAUCCAGAUAUUAUCAGCCCCCUCGACCUCACGUCGUCCUCCCCUCGUGCACAAUUCCAACCAUCGACGUCAACAUCAAUAGCCUCACGACCACCCAAGAAGAAGUCCGAAUCGGUGGACGAAGGCUCUAAAGACGAUGGGUCUGGCCCCAGUCGUAAAGUUAGCGAGGAAACAGAAGCUACCGCUGCCGAUUCUGAUCGCUUUCACCAGAAUCCCGGUCCUGAGACUGCACUCGGAGCAGUCUCUAAUCGUCCCUUAUACUCUUUGUCGAUCGAAGAAGCAUUAGACUCGCAGUCGAUGAGUGCCGUGCUCGGAAGAGCAAACAAACCCUCCCCUCAACGUCCUCUUUCGACAGAGACUGGCCCGAGGAACAACGUCAUUGGAAAUGGCAAGGACGACGGUAUAGGCGAUGAUGACCCUCAUAUCCUACCAUCGGCAGUCUUGCAGGAAGCGGAACCCCUAGCGUCGGGGUCAGCCAACUCAGAAACCCCUUCACCUGCACCUGUGAGACCUUUGACACCGAGAGGGCUAGUGGCAGCGCGUGAGAGGGCAAUGAGAGAAAGAGAGUGCAACGGCACUCAACAGGUGACGGACGAGAGACCGCCGUAUCCCGAAGAUCCAGCUCCGAGACGUUGCCGACCGGAGUCUUCCCAAACAGUCACGUCUCCUGGGGAGAGCCAUGCUCGAAACCGAGGCGUGUCACCUGUAUCACCGAUCAUACAUACUCCUACACCAACUAGACCGGGAGACAUACCAGGCUUUAUGAGAUCCAACGAGCCGGUCUCGCCCUCCACUCUCAUCCAGAACCAACGACGGCAUGGCUCCCGGUCCUCGUCAACAGACACCAUAGUCCAGCCGCCACCCCCGGUCCAUAACCAUCAACGCCGCCGUCUGCUCUCCGCCGGUCUAGGCGCAUACAACAACGAGCCAGGCCGCUCCGGCGCGGGCUUCACCCUCCGCCGCAUCAAGGUCCCGCCUCCGGGCGCUCCAGCCCGCACACACAUCUUCAUCCGCCCGCAGCCCCUCCCCGGCGGCGAAGAGGAGCGCAGGAUGAUCAUUCAAGUCUGGAAUGACACGUUCGCGACGAUGCUCCCCGAGUUCCAGACGAUGCUCUCGAGCCGCCUCCGGUACCCGCGCUACACCCGCGACGUGGCGGCCCGGCUCCGCAAGGAAGAGUUCGAAAAGGCGACAGGGGAGAGCAUGUCCUCGGACGACUACUACGCCCUCUUCGACCUCGAGACAUCCAACGACGGCAUGAUUUCCGCGCUGCUGGAGUGGAUGCAGGGGCGGACGUGGGUCAAGGUCCCAUUUGUAAACCGCAUCAUUCACCAGCUCUGCCGGCUGAUGUAUACCUCUGCACAGGAGGAGGCGCGGCUGCGGCUGACAUAUCGGCAGGACAUGGAUGCCGUCAUGGAGAAGCUCGACGAGGUGGAGGUGAAGUGUGCGGCGGAGAGGAUGGAGAGGGCCUGGAGGCAGCUGGAUGGGUCUGUAACGAGGCAGCAUAAGUUUAUCCAGCAGACUCUCACGCGUAAUGGCGAUCACUGGGGCCACAUACCGGGCGUGGUGGUGAUGAGUGGGUGCUCCAGGGACGCAAGACGUUGGGAGACGUUCCUUGAGACGGCGCGCGUGCUGGCCCUCGAUCACCGCAACACCGAGGAGAUCAUUGAGAACAGAAUCAGCGAUAGUGGAGAGAUUCUACAACAGGACCUCGAACAGCUGAACGGCGUCCUUAGAGACAUGGCGAAGAACAGCAGGGAAGUGAACGAGUAUGUCGGGGCCAGACAUCAAGGGGACCAGGUGCAGCGGAUGUUCCAGAUCGACAACAAGGAUCUGGUCGAUUCUCUCAGGAUCCUCGAUGACCAGGUCAAGCGUGAUAAUGACGAGCGUAGGUCUGCCGUCAUGGCCUUUACCAAGAUCGCGACAGAGCGGUUGGAGGUGCGCCAGAGAUAUGCUAGCAGCCUGGACUACGCUGCGCAACACGCUCGCGAAUCGACUACGCUCGCACCGGGUUUCCAGCCGCAGCCUCCGACUGGGACCUUCGGCAACCAUUCGCUGUGUUCGGCUCCCAACGAAAUGAGACUCAGCGUUCCCGUGGCGAGCAUCCCAUCAGAGGCGCCAGCAUUCGACACCACCUCUCAGCAAGAAACCCCGCCUCCCCGUGAUGGGGUCAGAUUCGUCUUGAGUCCUAGAGGCAGCCAGGUUGUAGAGUUCAUGGACACGACGGUAGCUCCUGAGCCAAGCCCCGUCUUCACAGAUCCCUUUACCAAAACCUGGGAAAAUCUCGAUCUGGCCGCGGCGAGGCCAGAGUGCCUGCGGUGUCCCACGCUGGAGCGGGAGAUCAGUGCCAGACUUGCGGAAAUUAAGGACUAUUGCCGCAUACUGAAGUACAGACUGGAUGAGAAACUGAAGCUCGAGAGCGCACUCGAAGCCGUGAGUGAGCGCAAGAUCAGAGAAGCGAUGGAAGCCCUUCACAACUACAAGAAGCUUCUGGGUCGUCCAGAGGUGCCCGAGUCUCUGCAGUGCAUCGUGGACCUGUUAGAGAUGCAUGGCAAGCGAGUAUCCGACCAGGUUGGCUUGCUAAAUAUGUCCCUUCAGCUGGGGCAAGCUGGCGAUUCGACGGACAAGAUGCUAGCAGAAACGAGGACAACGAUUAGGUCUGUUAAACGACUAGCUGACGCCAUCCUCGAGCUCAAAUCCCAGAUGGCACUAUACCUCGAGAAACCCUUUCCCAAGACAGGCGAUCAAUCUGACUCAGGCGAGCAAGACGUACCGGAGAAUGAAAAACAAGCCCGCUUAAUAAAGUCGCUGCAAAGACAAGUCCAAGAGUUGUCGGAACGGACCAAGCGUACUCUAGAACAGCAGGCGACAGAGAAGCUCGAGCUAGCGCGCAGGGUAGAGUCAUGCAUGAAAGAGGAGAGAGAUCGCCUCAGAGAACAAGUUCGCACUUUCCAGAGCAAGCUUGAAGAUAUGCAGGCCGAAGCCCAAGAGCGAGAUUCGAAUACGGAGCAGAUUGUAUCGGAUAGACUCAGAGAACUCCACAGAGAACGGGAGACGCAAGAGACGGAACUUCGCAAUCUCGAAGCCCAGAACAACGCUUUGGAGGAGCAACGUCAAAAGACCACAGAUAAGCUCGCGGCUUUAGAGACGGCCAAGGAAGAGAGCGAAAACGAACUGGCAGAACUUGCACGACAGACCCAAGAGCUUCAAAUUAAGCUUCAAGCUAAGAGCGAAGCGAUGAAGUGGACAUCGUACAUGACUAUUCCCAGGGCUGUGGAUGACGCCGGCUCUGAUGCUCAACAAAGUGACAGAGCUUCUUACCUGCGGGCAGAGCUGAUGGCUGCGCUUAGCAAGGCACGGUCAGAAUCAUAUCGCAUAUUUGGAGACCAACAAACGAGGAAGACUCUGCCAGAUAUCAUACAGAGUGUCCUGUGGCCUGACACCAAAGCAAAGGAGGGCAUCAACGCUGAUGUGCCCAACUUCUGGAGGCUAGCGGAUUUUGUGAGAAGGAGAAAGGAAAUCAUAGCAGCACUCGAACAGAGGGAUUUGCACAACUUGCAGAGAGCAUUCAACUUGCUUGAAGUGCUCCACGAGUGGAAUAGCAACUUGGGUGCUUGGCAGACAGAAGCCCAAACAGCAGAGGUUUGGCGGUCCAUCAAUCUCCUCAGAUCGUACGCCAAUCUUGAGCUUGGAAAGAUCGAAGGGCUCGAAGCUAAUGCCUCAGAGAGGCGCAAGGUCGCCGGGGCAUUGUUCGAGCAAGCGACGGCUUCUAAAGAUGCAGGAGAGAUCAAGAAGCCAUGGAGUUCCUUGCAGAACAGUCUGGAGGUACAGCUAAACGGAAAAGCUGACGACGCUUCCGCUUGCGACUGCAAGUUUAAACCUCGCCUCUGUCCAAAGCACCAGACUGAUGGUGGACUCAUGUUCCAUAACUUUAUGGAGUCAGAUGGUUCGAGGCCGGCGGAGAUAGAGUUGACGCAGGAGGCGUCCGAGGUGCUUCAGCGAUUUGGAGAGACGUUCAAGGUAUCGUCCCCAGUGUAG